AUGAGCUCGUCAACUGCUCAGCGUCAAUUUGAGUUUGAAAAUGACAUUGAACAAGUGUACGCUAUCGAUGAGAUCUUCAAGUAUGACCAAGCCAUGCAAGCUGACAUGUUGAAAACAAAACCAUGGGCCAAGGACCCGAAUUACUUCAAGUUUUGCAAAAUAUCGGCGCUGGCGUUGCUCAAAAUGGUGAUUCACGCUCGGUCUGGAGGAACAAUAGAAGUGAUGGGUACUCUGUUGGGCAAAGUGGAUGGGGACACGAUGAUUGUAAUGGACUGUUUUGCUCUACCAGUUGAAGAAUUAUGUGGUUCAGAAUUUGAUUUUUACAGGACCGAGACAAGAGUGAAUGCAGCAGCUGCUGCUUAUGAGUACAUGACUGAGUAUUGCGAACAGGCCAAAAAAAUCGGCAGGUGCGAGAAUGUAAUCGGAUGGUAUCACAGUCACCCUGGAUACGGCUGCUGGCUAUCGGGCAUUGACGUCCAGACUCAAAUGUCAAACCAGCAAUACCAAGACCCUUUUUUAGCUAUUGUAGUGGACCCUACAAGGACUAUAAGUGCGGGUAAAGUUAGUCUGGGUGCGUUCCGCACCUAUCCGAAAGGAUAUCAACCCCCGGAUGCACCACCGUCCGAGUAUCAGACGAUUCCGUUGAACAAAAUUGAAGAUUACGGAGUACAUUGUAAGCAGUAUUACUCACUGGAUGUGAGUUACUUUAAAUCCACCUUGGAUAAGAGGCUGUUGGAUCUGCUGUGGAAUAAAUACUGGCUAGAUACUUUGAGCUCAUCAACCCUUUCUGUGAAUGCCGGAUACAUCACCGGACAAAUAAAAGAUCACCAGAAACUGGAGUCCUCCGAUUUAACCAGAGGUCUGGGCGAUCGACACUCGUCUUUGGAUCCUAUUUCGAUGCCGGACUACGGGUCCUAUCCUUCGUCAUCGAAGAACAAUUCGGGCGUGCGAGAAGAUUUGCUGAACAAAUACACUGCCGACUGCAGUAAAAUGACAGUUGAAAGCUUACAUGGGUUGACAUUGCAGGUUUUGAAGCACGCACUGUUCAAUCAGUCAUUACAACCUACAAAGAAAACCGAUGAAGUUGCUGUUGAUGAAGCUCAAAACUAGCUCAAAAAAUUUGAUUACUGCUAGAUGUUUAAUUUGAAAAUUUGUUUUUCACAGCUACUGACUACCAAAAUUCCAAUCAAUUUCUUUUAACCUUGCGAUUAGCAAGGGUAUUGCAACCGGCUACUAGACUUUCCGUAGAUAAUUUUGUCCACAGAAUGGUCAAAUGGUAAUCAAUAUCAACUGUCAAAUAUCCACUAAGUAAUAGCAUGGUCAGUGUAUUGGUAGCAUAUAUAGUUUAAGAGAAAGUUGAGAGUUGUAAAGUCUUAAAAA